GUGGCGAACAAUCCGAGCCAUAGCGUGGUGAGAGGGUUGGGCCGGUUUAGUGUAAACAGAGUAAUGUAGUAAGUUAUCGAGUGUUUGUGUUUGACAGUGCGGUUUGUUAUUACACGUAAAUAUUGACAUAACGAGUAGAAGAGAAGAUGACAUCGACGACACAGGAACUGAAUUUAAAAUAUCUGCCGUCUAGUUCACGAAAAGCUAAGGAUUACGAUGUUAUUGAAUUAGAAAGGUUAUGGAAACCAGUGUUUGACCGAUAUGAUACAGAUAAUGAUGGGAAAAUUCCAUUACAAGAAUUGAAAAAUUUAUUAACAACAGAAGCUGAUAUUAGUAAGGAUUUACCUCCUGAAGUAAUAAAAGAGAUUCUAGAAUGGGCUGAUUUAAAUAAAGAUAACUAUUUAUCUUAUUCUGAAUUUGAACAUAUGAUGCAUGCAGCUGAUUUAGGUGCUGCGAGACCAAGAUUUCAUCGUUUAGUACGUUAUGCUGCACUGGCUGUUAUACCAAAGAGUCACAGAGCCAUUGUUGUGAGACAUUAUAUUGAACAUUAUGACUGUAUGCCUCCACCUAUAUUUUUACUGUUAGUUAGUGUUAUAGAGCUUGCUGUUUACAUUUACUAUUGCGUCAAGUUGGAUGAGUUCAGUGCAACCGGGCCUGUUCCUAUUGAUAGUCAUCUUAUAUAUAAUCCAUAUCGCAGAUAUGAAGCUUGGAGAUUUUUAACAUAUAUGCUAAUUCAUGCUGGAGCGGUCCAUAUAUUUUUCAAUCUUCUUGUCCAAAUAAUACUUGGAAUUCCUUUAGAAAUGGUGCAUAAAUGGUGGCGUGUUGGUCUUGUGUAUAUGGCUGGUGUUAUAGCUGGAGCAUGUUGAAAACAGUAGUUUAGUUGAAAAGAAUACCAAGAGAAAUUUAAUUUAAAGCAUAUUAAUUGCUAAAAUACAUAUUUCUAAAAUUAAUGCUGUUUAAAUAUUUUUAACCUGACUUAAAUUUAAUAUAAUAUACUUAGGUUGUUUAAAAAUUAUUAGCAGCACUGGAACUAAGCAGCUUAUCAGUGAUUUGAUGAAUGCAUACUCUGUAAUAAACAACUUUUGCUAACAUGUAUAUAGAAGUGAAUGAAGUUUAAACAUCACUUAAUCAUAUAAAUUACUAAAUACCAUAUAAUAACUCUAAAAGCAUAUUAGCAAAUAUAGACUGCUUCACCAAAAUCCAAAUUAUUAUAAGGACAGAAGAUAUGAUAGCAAUGCAGAAAAUUGCUGGAUAUGCUCUGCAUGACUGUCAAAUGAUUUAUGUAUUUUGAAUUGAGAGAAGGAAUAGUUAACACAAAUUAGAGUUGAUUGACUAAUCAUAGUAAUUGAUAAAGUUCAUAUCAUAACUGUGAGAUCAUUAAUAAAUGGUUUGAUCAUAGAUAUUUACUAAGUAGUUUGGUGAGCAUGCUGUUAUAUUUUGUA